GUUCCCUGAAGGGAAAGAGCACUGAAAUUUUGGGCUGAUCUUCACAAAUUCAUUUGUAAAUUAAUUACGUUAAAUACUGUGCACAGAGGACCGUUGAUGCCUGCAGACAAAGCGUUCCACUCUUCUUUACAAACAACUCCUGCCUCAGACCUGACAAACUCACUGCACCUAAUACAUCACUUCCGGUAUUUAUCCAUGAAGGGUAGCAUGUGAGGUCUCUACCAAAAGCUUGCAAUUUACCAAUGCUCACAAUCAUUGCAAGAUGUGUGUAUGGGAAAUAUUUAAGGAAUAAGGUAACUAUAUCAAAAAUUAUGCCCUUAUGGUCUUGGAGUAAAAGUGAGCCAGGGCUCAGUGAUGGUCCAUUCAAGAAGUUGAGAGUUGUCACCCCUUCCUGGCUAGCCAAUUACGUAAUGUAUCGCUCAACUGUCCGCCAUUGCAAUAACAACAGAAAAGCCAAUGGAAAACCUUUAAGAUAAACUAUAAGUAUCAAAAACAGUUGGAGGUAAAAAGGAACAUUGUAACAGACAGGGGAUCACCCUGUCUGCCAAUAAAUACAAAAGACUGAUUCAGUAUAUCACAGGGUGGAGAAAGAUGCUCAGCAUCCAUUCGCUGAGGAGACAUCUUGCUGAGCAGGGGUGUUUCCCUCUUUUAGGUUGUGUGUUUGGUUUCAUUCAACUAGAUUUCCACUCGUUAUAGUUUUCUACAAUAGACAAGGCCUGAAUUUGUAAAGGAGAAGAUUUAAACAAAAAAAAAAAAUUAGGCCUUUGCUAGACAGCAUAAAGAAACAAAAAGAGGCACAAGUCCUCCGGCAAAAGCAUUACCAAACAGAUAGGCCUUGUACUAUGCAGUGUAGGUCAGCAAACCAAGGGCUUUUUCUUUUUACCUUUGGGUUUGCAAGUAGAUCUUUUAGAAUAAAGCAGCACUUGUUCAUCUGAGCUUUUGGGGUUUAUCUGAACCAAACUGAGACGUAUUUAUACGUUCACCUAAUACUGUUUUCUAACUUGCAAUGGAUGUUGUUAAAAUAAGAGCCUUUUUUGUGUGUGUAUAUAUCUCUUCAGGCCCCUUUCUCCCCCUACCCCCUUUAUGCACUGUACUCCUCAUGCAUAAAUGAAUAGCCAGAGCAAACUUUUAAUUUUCAUAGAAAUGGUGCUCUGCCUAUGUGUUACUUGAACUCACUUAGCAAAACAAAAAUUAAUUGAAAGAUAUGUACCCCCCUAGGUUUUCUGAAAUAGCUAGGCUAGCAACAUUGACUGCUUCAGUGGCCAAGCAUCCUACUUGAAAUGGACUUGACAACUGAACAAAAUCUGUGUGUAUUGGAAACAUUCUAUCUGUUUAGAAGGAAAUGAUGCUUUUAAGAGGAUGGUGUUUAAUGAAAGGUCAAUAGGUAUCUCGGGUUAUUGUUCCUCCUUCCUCCCCCUACCCAUCUUAUAGGUAAGUAUGUUUGGGUUUUUUCCAUGUUUAAACUACGACUGAAGUGGAGAAAGGGGAAGACACUUCUUUUCAGGAAAAGGACACUACAGUGUGUGUGGUCAGAAAGAGACCAGUUCAGCUGUUGCACGGCACGCUGCUUUCAAGCACGGUUUGAAAUAGGAUUGCUGUCUCGCAGAACUUGCUGAUAUUCUUCCAAAUAGAGAGCAGUUUUUAUUUGCUCUGUUUUACAUCACAUCAGAUCUUAUCAUGAGUCAAAAAGAUUUGUCAGAAGAAGCGGAGGAGAGCCCUCAAUCCUUAUGUAUCACCUGUGGCCAACCACAUUUACCAGAAGAGAACCACCUGUAUAGUUACACAGAAGAAGUGGAUGAUGAUCUAAUAUGCCACAUCUGCCUGCAAGCUUUGAUCCAGCCACUGGACACUCCUUGUGGUCACACCUACUGCACAGUCUGCCUUACAAACUUCCUAGUGGAAAAGGACUUCUGCCCUGUGGAUCGCAAAAUUUUGAUUCUACAGUCUUGCAGAAAGUCCAACAUACUAGUAAAUAAACUCCUGGAUAAGUUAAUGGUUAGCUGCCCUUUCACAGAACACUGCUCAGAGGUUUUGCAACGUUGUGACCUUGAACAGCAUUUCCAAACUGGAUGUAAAGGAGCAUCCCAUUAUGGCCUUACCAAGGAACGAAAGAGACGUUCACAAGAUGACUCUCCAGACUGUAGUGCCACUUUAACCGUAGCGGCUCUUGGCCCAGAGCUCUCCGCAGCUGCAGCGAUAGCCUUAAUGACGGAUGAGCCAGGCCUAGUUAAUCCAGCCUUCAGCCCUGCCUCAGAAGACAACCAGUCAGGGAGCAGGUCUGGGGACCCCAGUAGAAGCAACCAAAACAGAAGUAGGCCCUUCGAACGUUCCACUAUAAGAACCAGGUCUUUUAAAAAAAUAAAUCGAGCUUUGAGUGUCCUUCGAAGGACGAAAAAUGGCAGUGCUGUAUCCAACCAGGCUGACCGGGAAAGGGAGCAUGUUGAAAACUGUCUUGCCACAGAGGAAGAUUCAGAGUGUUCCAUACCACUCCCGAUGAGAAAUAUACAAGAGUAUGGAGAAAAAUCUGCAAGCAGAGUCACCAAAAACAAGACAGAAAGUUUACUUCUUUCUAGAUUCUGCUGUUCAACGAUAUGUAAAGACUGGAAGUGUAAAUGGGGAAAGAAAGUCUUCCCCAGAUUAUAUCACCUGAUUCCAGAUGGAGAAAUUACCAGUAUUAAGAUCAAUCGUGGUGAUCCCAAAGAAAGUCUUGCCAUUAGAGUUGUGGGAGGCAGUGAAACGCCUUUGGUUCACAUAAUUAUACAACAUAUCUAUCGAGAUGGCGCGAUUGCCAGAGAUGGAAGAUUACUGCCGGGAGACAUGAUACUAAAGGUGAACGGCAUGGACAUCAUCAAUGUUCCUCACAACUAUGCCCUGUCAGUUUUGAAGCAGCCUUGUCAGGUGCUCCGACUCACUGUGCUUAGAGAGCAGAGGUACCGAUACCGAAACAACGGACUUUCUCUUGAUGCUCACUACAACAGGGAUGACAGUUUUCAUGUGGUUCUAAACAGAGGCAGCCCAGAUGAGCAGCUGGGAAUAAAGCUGGUCCGCAAGGCAGAUGAACCCGGGGUAUUUAUUUUCAACUUGCUGGAACAAGGUGUAGCUGCCCGUGAUGGACAGCUUCAAGAAAAUGACCGGGUGUUAGCUAUUAAUGGCCACGAUCUUCGGUACGGCAGUCCGGAAAAUGCAGCCCAGCUGAUACAGGCCAGUGAGAAGCGGGUUCACUUUAUUGUGUCACGGCAAACCAGACAGCAGACCCCUGACAUCUUGCAGGAGGCUGAGUGGAAUUACAACGGCAGUCCUCAGCCUUGCCCAUCGGAAGGAAACUAUCCUAACAAGAACACCCUUCAUGCUGUCACCUGUCAUGAGAAGGUGGUGUCUGUCCGGAAGGAUCACACAGAGUCACUGGGAAUGACUGUGGCAGGUGGAGCAUCUCACAUGGAAUGGGAUUUGCCUAUCUACGUGAUAAGCGUUGAACCCGGAGGAGUCAUCAGCAGAGAUGGCAGAAUGAAAACAGGUGACAUUUUGCUGAAUGUGAAUGGAAUUGACCUGACUGGUGUCAGCCGUAGCGAGGCAGUAGCCCUGUUGAAAAACACCACCUCCUCUGUAGUACUCAAAGCCUUGGAAAUGAAAGAAUGUGAGGCCCUGGAGGACAUGAGCCAUGUAUCACUCCCUGACACCAAUCAGAACACAUCAGAUAACAGUGAAUGGUCACCUUCCUGGGUUAUGUGGCUUGAGCUCCCGCGGUAUUUGUACAGCUGCAAAGAAAUUGUAUUACGAAGAAAUACAGCAGGAAGUCUUGGCUUCAGCAUCGUAGGUGGUUACGAAGAACACAGUGGGAACAAACCAUUCUUUAUCAAAUCCAUCGUUGGAGGCACACCAGCAUACAAUGAUGGAAGAAUUAGGUGCGGUGAUAUCCUCCUUGCUGUCAACGGCAGGAAUACAUCAGGAAUGAUGCAUGCCUGUUUGGCAAGGAUGCUCAAAGAACUGAAAGGAAAAAUUACUCUCACUCUUAUGUCCUGGCCUGGCACUUUUUUAUAAAACAAGUAUUCAUGGAAAAAUGACAUAUCAUUUGACACAGAAAACAAGCUAUUUACUAUGGACAUCAGUUUUCCUACAGUUUUUUGGUCGACUGUAUAUUUGUAAAUAAAAAAAAGUUCGUGAAUUGUAAGUUUGCAUGUCAAGAUAGUCUUGAGAAAACAUGGCGCCUGUCAGAGUAACACGCACUUAAGAAAAAAACAAAGCUACUGAAAUUAUAUAUCAGGGUACAAUUCUCAUGUGUUUUAAGUUUGUAUUUUUAUAUUUGAUUCAUGUUAAUAAUCAAAGUCCAUUAAGAAGCAGCAGCAAUUCUGUUCACUACCGUUUUCAAUUUAGAAAAAAAGUUAUGGAUAUGUAACUUGGAAAAAUAUGUGGCAGUCUCUUGAAAUGAUAAACUUGAAAUAUUUUUGUAAAUCAAUUGACUGUUUCUACCCAACAUGUGAAAAGCACUUUGAUCAAAUAAUGUUCCUUUUCAUGGUCAGUAUGAUGCUGAUAUUUUCAAGACUUUCGAAUAUUUUGCUUGUUAGGAUGUAAUACUGUGAAUGAGAUUUUAUUUCUUACUAAAAAUAAACAUAACUAUUGUACAGA